AUGGGCCUCCCGGCACGAUAUCGAACCCGGCGCCUGACACGCUACAUCAAUCCCGCCGCAGUCACCCUCGCCUUCUUCACGCUCUGGACGUUCCGCGAACAGCUCCGACUGGACCGCGUCGGCCUCGACAGCAGCCUGGUGCCGUGGGUUCGGCAUCCGCCGCAAGACCUCUUCGACUUCCCGCCCGUCGACUCCGACGCAAUCAGGGCGGUCUGCAAGGCCACAGAAUGGGAUGCAGUCAAGAAUGUGCAGGUGGUCUUCACUUGCGACAACAACGUAGGAGGAAUAGGCAACGUCCGGAACUCGAUCCUCAACUGCGUGCGGUAUGCGAUGCUGGCGGGGGGUUCGCUGGUUAUGCCCCAAAUCUUUGUGCGCAACGAAUCCGACAUCUCCGUCAUCCGUACGGGGAGGAGGAGAGAGAUGGAUUACAUGUUUGAUCGGCGCCACUUUGUCGAGUCCCUCAACCUUUCCUGUCCCCAACUACGACUUUUUGACACCUUGGACGACGCAUACGAGACUCUGGGCGCCCCGCGAACCUGGUCCCUUGGUCUGUUCCCGGAAUCCCUGGUCGAGGAAGACAGGAUCUCGAGCAGCGGUAUCGAGCAUCCUGAAAGAUGGAAGAAGCUGCUCUACACGUGGCUUGAGAACAUUGACGAAAACAACGAUGUGGCACCUACGGGACAACGCAUCGGAGGGCCCAUGAUCGUCGACCUGGGCAGGUCGUAUCUGACGUACCCGAUUUACAGCGAUGGCGAGGAAUUCGCCGCAACCUUUGGCACUAUCCUUAAAUUUCGCUCCGACGUACGACAGUUGGCUACAACGACGUUUCUCGGCAUCAAGGGAAACUACUUUGGCGCGCAUCUCCGCACGGAAAAGGACGCGCUCGAUAACUGGGAUUCCGCAGACCUGACGUGGGAGUGGUCGGAAUACGCCAAGCAGACAGACGCGUAUUUGGAUCAGGCGGGAAGGGCAGAGUUGUCCGUCAUGUACGUGGCGUCGGGGAACGCGACACAGUUGGCCAUGUUGGCAAAGGACGCCGAACGGCGCGGUGUGAGCAUCAUCACGAAGCAGAGCCUGCUUGUUGGCAAAGACCGCAAGAAGCUGCAGGCGCUGGCGUGGGAUCAGCAGGCCAUGAUCGAUUUCCUCGUCAUGAUGGGUGCGGCGCAGUUUGGGGGAGUGGGACACUCGAGCUUUGCGUGGAAUGUGGCGCUCAAGAGACACAUGUUUUCGGAGGAGACUGGAUACCUCGAUGGGCCGCAGAUGCUGAGCGAUGAGUUGAGUCAAGUUUACGGGAAACCGGGAAAGGACAAGAUGAGUCAAGUCGCACCCAAGUCUCGCCGCGAACGUGGUGUCCUUGCUCAGCGCGAGUACCGCAAACGCCAUGCGUCCAAGGUUCAGAAGCUACAGGAUGAGAACAAACAGCUAAAAGAAAUCAUCCGGGACAUUGAUCAGGCACUCUUGAAGCAGGGUGCACUAUCAGAUGAACUAAAGUCGACUCUUGCCAAAGCUCGCGAGCUCGCGGGCUUCCACACUAGCGAUGAAGUGGAUGAGACCCCCCCUGUCUCGCAGGAGAUUUCAUCUCUCAAGCAACUCUACAAGCAGAUGGAGAAUGCAGACCCUGCGGUCGAGGAAGUCAUCCGCACCGACCCCCUGUUCAACCCGCCCAUAUCCAGCGGCAGGGCCAGCCCGCGUUUGGACUACGGCCUCUGGCUCGACCCCGAAAGGUUCAUCCGCAUCAUCGAGCCGCCCGUGGACGUCAUCCCGUACCUCGGCAGCGGCAUGAACACCCUUGCAGGCUGCAUAUUCUGGUCCACCAUGGAGUACACGAUCGACCUGUGGAACUCCCGCAAAGCCCCGCUCUCCACGAAGCACCUGGAUCGCAUGUUCAGCCACUCGCGGCACCUCGCCGACCGCCAGUUCUUGAUCUCCCUCGCACAGGCCCGCCUCGAUUACAAGAGGAAAGGCUUCAUGUACCAGAAGCUGUCGCAGCAGUUCGAGCGCAACGCCAUGUACGACCUGUACGAACGCGUCAAGGAGGACUACGAGAAGCAGGGCCAGCCGAGCAGGUGGUGGAAGCGCCCCGACGAAGUCGCCGACAUGGCCCUGGAGCCGUUGGACAGCGACCAGAAGGCGCGGUUUCAGGCCGUCAUCGAGGGCAAAGGCGCGAAGGCGGACGCCGAGCUUCUCAGGCCGCUGAUCACUUGGGCGGCGCAAAACUUUAUCUGCUUCGGCGACGGCCCCAGGUGGAGCUCCGUCUUUGUGUCGGUGGCCAUCGGGAGCUGGCUCAACAGUUUAAAAGAGCACGACGCGAAUAAGGGUUGA